AUGUAUCCCACACAGCAGCAGCAACAGCAACAGCAGCAGCAGCAGCAGCAACAGCAACAGGAGCAACAGCCACCGUGCGGCGAUUAUGUGAAGGAGCCGCGUUACCAACUACAACAACAGCUACAACAGCAACCACAGCAUCAUCAUCAUGUACAACAACUCCACCAUCAGCAGCAGCCGCAGGCAUACGAGUUGCAACAACAGAUGCAACAACAACAACAACAACAGCAGCAGCAGCAGCAACAACAGCAGCAACCACAUACAACACAUUAUGCACCACAGUUGCAUUAUGCGCAACCACACUGGCUGCAACAACAACAGUUGUCCAACAGCGAGCAGCAGCUUCAACAACAACCACCAACAGUUAAUCAAGUAAAUCAAGUCUACGGCAUGCCAGAAUUGUACAAAGAUUGAAAUGAAAUGAAGAGUUAAAGUGACACACAAUUAUUAGUUCAACACCCUCGAUUGAUAUAGAGAACUCAUGAGAAGAGCGAUAGAAGAGUAUCACAUCAGAUAUGAAUUCAAGCAAAACAUAUGCAAUAUGAUAUAUAUAGUACUUAAUAUCCAAUUGUUGAUGGCAAAAAGUAAAAUUAAGUAUAAAGAGCAUAAGCAACCCGCGACAGCAAACAACAACAAACAGCAACAGCAAUAAAGCCAAAUUGUGCAAUAGCAAAUAACCAUAUUUUAUGUACAACUAAUUCAAUCAACAACAAAAAAAACCAAUU